AUGGAGCCCCUUCGACGACUUCUCGGCGACGGCGCCCAAGCGAACGGCGCCGUGGACGAUCUGCAAUCGAUAUGCUCGCCGUCGCGCCUGAUGAAGAUGGUGGGCGACUGGGGACGCAGCAUGCUCCCCCCCGAGGAGGUCACCGUCCAAGGCCGCCGCUUCCAGGUCCAGCAGCAGCUCGGCGAGGGCGGAUUCUCCUACGUCUUCCUCGCCAGGGAGGUGCCGGAUUCGCGCGGGGUCGACGUCGCGCUCAAGCGGAUGCUCAUCCACGAGCGCGAGCAGGAGGACGACGCGCUGCGCGAGAUGGAGACCAUGCGCCGGAUCGACCAUCCCAACCUCCUACCGCUCAUCCUCGGCGAGAUCGAGGAAGAACCGCAUCCGCCGUCCACCUCCUACGUCAUCGCCUCGCCCGCCCGGACCCGCCCCGCGGGUGGCGCGGGAGGGGGCCCGAGGCGAUGCCACAUGGUCUUCCCGGCGUUCCCGGAGGGAACCGCGCUGGACCGAUGCGUGAGCAGACCCGUCGCCAAGGCGUUCACGCCGUUACAGCUCCUCGGCAUCGGUUGCCAGCUGUGCCGCGGGUUGGAGCACAUGCACGCGUUGGGAAUCGCGCACUACGACGUCAAGCCGGGCAACGUCCUGUUGGAAUCGGUCAUGGAUUCGAUGGACGGAGCUGAAGGAUCGUGCCCGGGUGGUUUUCGAGCGGUGCUCAUGGACUUUGGCUCGGCGCGUACCGCGACACGCGCGGUCGCGUCCCGCCAGGAGGCACUCAGGGUCCAGGAGUGCGCCGAGCGCGAGAGCACCGCGCCGUUCAGGGCGCCGGAGCUCUGGGACUGCCCUUCGGGUGGCGACGCGACGAUCGACGGCGGGGCGUGCGACGUGUGGAGCCUGGGGUGCGCGCUCUUCUCGCUUACGUCGGGGGGCAAAUCGCCGUUCGAGUCGGCGAGCGGGGAGACGGGGGGUAGCCUCGCCCUGGCGGUGCUCAGCGGUAAAUACCGGUGGGGGGAGAGCGCGCGUUUGGCGUACGGGACGGAGACGAGGGCGGCGAUCGAUUCGAUGAUCUCGAGGGACGCUUCCAGUAGGCCGAACGCCGUCGCGGCUCGGCUCGCGCUGGAACGCGCGAUGACGAGCGCGAGCGCCGAGCGUGGUGCCACGAACACCGUCACUACUGGUGAGUAAAGUCGACGUCAUGAUGACGUGUCGCGUUCGUGUCUUCUAUUCGUGAGUGAUUCAUCGUCUU